CGCCCCCCGACCGUGCUGAACUUGCUCCGUCGGCCCUACUUUAGGGAUUGCUAAGACCGCGCGUCCAUUUAUCUGUUUGUCGACCGGAUGGCAACCGAACCCUCGCCCCGCAACUUGCGCUUCUCACAACCCGACGAUGACGGCCAUGCCCGGCCAGACAAGCUCAAGAACGGCUACCGCCCUGUGCCCGUCAUGUCUGACUCGGAUAACUCGGCGUCCUCGGGCUCCGUGGGGGAGCUACAUCUGAACACCCAUGUGAUGGACCAGCAAGAUAAUUUUGGGUCGCUCGGCCGAUACGUCGAGGCGGCACAUCCCGCCGUUGUGCAGCAGCACCCGCCCGGCAACUCAGCAAAUAGCGCCGGCACCCACCAGCGUGCCACCGCCGAACCUUCCUCAUAUUCCAACGGGCCAGCACCGCGUUCCCAACGUCCCACUGGCCCUGUCAGGACCCCUUCCAACACCUACCAACCCUACACGCAACGGAGACCCAACCAGCCCGGGACGUCCUCUUUUACCAGCAACGGCGGACUCCAUAUCAAAGACGCCUCGCGGCCGCGGGCGGUAGGAACCUCUACAUUUCGCGCUCAGGAACGAGAAUACGUACGGAGGUUGCGCCAGCAAGACAACUAUGGCGAUUACUUUGACACAUAUGGCUCCUCGGAACAGCAAUACGACUCGGACUCGGAGGGCGAGACACCCUCCUCCGAAGGACCCUUUGACAGCUAUGACGACGCACACAUCAUGUUCGUCAAUACCGAGGGGAGCCAGAUCACCGAGGAGGAUUUGAAAGAUGCCCACAGCCGCGAGCGGCUCGAGUGGCACGGCAUGCUCGAGGCCGUACUCACUGGCGAUGUGGUGCGGCAGGAGAAGAAGCGUCUCAUCGGAUCCGCCGACGAGGACUUUGGCAAGAGCGCCCACAAGGCCGAGCUCUGGCUGGGAAUACGCGCUCGUGUCUGCGGAAGACACCUGCCCGUUCAGCGAAGGAUGAUUGAGGAGGCGCGGGCCUCCGUCGACCGCUCCAUUGACGAAGUCAUUAACUUUUCCAUUGCCGGCGAGAGCGAAGCCGGCAAGCCCCCAAUCGAACAGGUCCGCGACGCUAUCGCAAAGAUUGAAAAGAUCGAAGGUCUUUACCCCUCCAACACCGCACUGAUCGCAGCGCUCAAGCCUUCCACAUACGAUGCCUACCGAGAGACGUGCGAGGCCGUCGUCGCUUGGCACAACGUCAACGAAAUGAUCAAUACAGAGUUGUCUAUCUUGAAGAAAUGGGUCGGGAACGACGAUCUGGACUUUCAAAGAUUUAAGGAAACCUCGGGCCGGCUCAGUGACGAAACGUCCUUCUUGGACCGGUUAAUGAAAGAAGAGGGUCUGAAGUCGCUGCACGAUGACAACGGCGGCGGCGACGGAAAGAAUCUUAGGAAGAAGAGCAUGUUGGACAGCAUCUCCAUGGUCAUCACCAAGGCCAAGGACACUCUGAUCAUGAACGCCGAUGCCUUCCAGAAACGCCACCUGCCACCCUACAUAGAGGAGCUGCUCACGCUUAUUUGCUUCCCCUCUCGCCUCAUCGAAGAGAUUAUCAAGGUUCGGCUGGCCUAUGCCAAGAAGAUGAAGGAGUCGGCGCAGCAGAAUCCCAUGAUGCAAGAGCAGAUGAUCUCUCAGUUCCAGGUCCUGCUCAAGUUGGCCAUCAAGAUUAAGUCAGAGUACAUGGCUAUCUCUCAGCCCGAGCCCGGCUGGGACUUGCCGCCGUGCAUCGACGAAGACUUUGACCGCGUCAUCCUAGAUGCACUGAAGUACUACUUCAAGAUGCUGAAUUGGAAGCUGAGCGGAAACAAAAACACCUUCAAAGAAGCCGAGUUGCUCUUCCAAGAAUGGGAAUUUGGUAACGAAAUCGGAAGCCAUCUAACGCACGGAGACGUCGAGGUUGCGGAGCAGUUCAGCUCCCUAACUUACAAGGCGUUCAACCGACUCAGCCAAACCUUCGAAAAGGAGCUGCAGAGGAGACCCAAGGAGAGUGUCUCGGAGAUGACCAAGCGAUACAAGCAGAUCCUUGAUUCCGUCCGCGUGCGGCAACGCAUGCUGCAGAGGUUCUCAAGGAUGCUCAGCGACAAUUACGAAAAUGCGUGUGAUUUCACCGUUGCCUUCGGUCCGGACAAGCUUCAAGAACUCUUCGACCGUCUGGUUGAGUCGGGCCAUUUCCAGGUCUUAACCGGAAGUCCGGAGCAUGCGGGCGUCCUCAUGAUUGCGUCCCCCAGCUUACAUGGCCGCGGUUCCGACAUCCAGCUGCUGAUGAGCACUUUCUCGUACGAAACGAUCACCGAAGACCCAUCGGAUCCCUACAUCCUCAUCAUCAGGGCCGAGGACCCUCCCGCCUGGUUUGGAGCAAAGCUCCAUCUUGCGGUGCGAGACGAGCCGCUGGACAUCAAGCUCGGGCAUAUGAGGCUCAUAGCGGGCGGCUCACAAGCGCGGCUGGUGAACGCUCGGAAGGCCUUCCUGGACGCCGUAGACAUGCCCAUUGACCUCAUCGUGGAGCAGAGGUCCAGCCUACAAAAAGUAAACGUCCGGCUCAUGGAGAUUCGCAAGGUUGGCUUCAAGCUGUCAAACGCGUUCAUGGACAGCGUCGAAACCAUCCGGCGGCAAACCCGGGGCCUCAACUGCCAGGAACUGAUCCAGACGUGCUUCAUCUUUGCCACCGAGUUUGGCCAGCGUUCGCUAUUGUACAUGGACAACAACAGGCGGACCAUGAACAACAUGAAGCUCACCAAGCUCGCGCUCGAUUGGGUGAGCUUUAUCUGCGACGAUUGCAUCUCCUCGGACCGCAAAACGUUCCGCUGGGCGGUGCAAGCCCUUGAGUUCGCCAUGGUGAUGACGAGGGGAAGGCACAUUUUGGCCCUUGGUGAUGACGAAUACGCCAAGCUGCGGGCAAAGGUGGCCGGUUGCAUGGCGCUCUUGAUCUCGCACUUCGACAUCAUGGGCGCCAGGUCCAGUGUCGCCGCACAGGCCGAGAAGCUACGGAUGGAGGCCCUCAUGGUGCAGCUGAAACGGUUCAACAAGGGACAGGGCGUGGAUGACCAAACUGCUGCCAAAUACGUCGAAGAACACCGUCUCGAAGAGUUGGCCAAGAUCGACGAGUACAGGAGACAAAUCCUCCUGGAGCGCUCGGCUAUGGGCCGGGUUCUGGAAAUCUCCAACGAGGUGGACCGCUCGCUUGCGUGGCUGUCUUCUACAGCAACCAACUUCACCAUGAGGUGGCAGCAGGGCCAUUUUGUCGGCGGCGGCACGUUCGGAAACGUCUACGCCGCCAUGAACCUCGACACGGGCCAGCUGAUGGCCGUGAAGGAGAUCCGCCUACAGGAUCCCAAAUUGAUCCCCAACAUCGCCGGGCAGAUCAGGGACGAGAUGCGUGUGUUGGAGACGGUGGACCACCCCAAUGUCGUGUCGUAUUACGGCAUUGAGGUCCAUCGAGACCGCGUCUACAUGUUCAUGGAGUUCUGUUCUGGCGGCUCGCUGGCCAAUUUGCUGGAACACGGCCGGAUCGAGGAUGAACAGGUCAUCAUGGUGUACGCACUGCAGCUCCUGGAGGGUCUGGCCUACCUACACGAGCUAAAGAUUGCCCACCGCGACAUCAAACCAGAGAACAUUCUCCUCGAUCACAACGGCAUCAUCAAAUACGUCGACUUUGGCGCCGCCAAGCUCAUCGCCCGGCAGGGCCGCACGCUGGUGAACGACCUCGCCAGCACCAAGCCCAACCGGUCCAUGACGGGCACGCCCAUGUACAUGUCCCCCGAGGUGAUCAAAGGCGAGAACCCGGGCCACUUUGGCGCCGUCGACAUCUGGUCGCUGGGGUGCGUCAUCCUCGAGAUGGCGACGGGCCGCCGGCCGUGGGCGAACCUCGACAACGAGUGGGCCAUCAUGUACAACAUCGCGCAGGGCAACCCGCCGCAGCUGCCGUCGCCGGACCAGCUCAGCCCACAAGGGAUCGACUUCUUGAAGCGCUGCUUCGUCAGGGACUCCAAGAAGCGCGACACGGCCGUCGAGCUGCUGCAGCACGAGUGGAUAAUGACUAUUAGAAAUCGCGUUGUCGAGCCGGCCACGCCGAGCAGCGAUGCCAGUGGCUCGAUGCAGAACACGCCCAACACUGCGACGUCGUCUAUGCGGGGUGCUUUUGGUGGGGAUGGGUCUUGAAUAUAUAAUAAAUGCUUGAUGCAAACUAGGUGGCUCCUGACAGGUGUGUGUGCGUUUGGCGUCGUCGGCUUUGGGGAGGGCUAGCUAGGUGUUGGCGAUUUUGUUUUUAUAACCCGGGGCUCGGGGCUUGAUUAUCUAUCACUACUACGUUUUUCUCUUAUUCUUUUCCUCAAUAAGCUUCUUGCCUUUUUUCUGGCACAUUCGGUCUUCUAUCUAUUACCGUUCCAGUACCUAGCUUAGUAUUUUUCCGUCUCCCAUGUUUCAGAGCCGAUGUGUUGCGUAAAGAGAUCGAUACCCUUUUCUGGAGAAAGAGAACUUGACAGGUGCCUACCUACCCACGCAAAUAGCCCUCCUUCCACUGUGAUAGCUGCCAGACAUGG